CGCGCGGCGCGAGAGUGGCGCGGUGGCCGGCAGUGCAGUGAGCGGCGCGGAUGCCCGCACCUACUCGCCCGCCAUGGCUCUGCGCUUGAUCGUCGCGUGUGCGCUCGUCGCCACCGGCGGCGCCGUCUAUAACCGCGAACGCGACCGUCAGCGCAACGACCCGCGCCUCCUAGAUCGCGCAUGUGAACUCAGUUCUUGCUACCCUGCAACCGGCAACCUCCUCAUCGGCCGCGAAGGCAGCCUCUACGCCUCAUCCACGUGCGGCACUUACCACCCCGAACGAUACUGCAUUGUUUCACAUUUGGAGGACCCAAAAAAGUGCUUCUGGUGCGACUCCAGCAACAACACUAUCGGCCGGCCGGACCUUAACCAUAGGAUAGAGAACAUAAUCUACAGAUAUUAUCCUGGAACUCGUAAUAAGUCAUGGUGGCAAUCCGAAAAUGGAAAAGAAAAUGUUACGAUCCAGCUGAACAUGGAAGCGGAAUUUCAUCUUACGCAUGUAAUAAUAACGUUUAAAACGUUUCUCCCUAAGGCUAUGUUAGUGGAGAGGUCAUCCGACUUUGGAAAAACAUGGAGCGUGUAUCGUUAUUUUGCAUACAACUGUGUCGAUGCUUUCCCCGGAAUUCCAGAGAGGACGCAGCGCUCUUUGACGGAAGUUGUGUGUGAAUCUCGUUAUUCUACUGUCGAACCGUCAACGGAAGGCGCCCUUAUCUUUAGAGUGAUACCGCCGAAUAUUAACAUCACCAACCCAUAUUCUGAGGAGGUCCAAAACUUGUUACGCAUGACUAAUCUUCGCAUCAACUUUACCAAACUACACACCCUUGGUGACGACUUAUUGGAUAAUAGGCUUGAAAUUCAGGAAAAGUAUUAUUAUUCGAUUUACGAAAUGACCGUGCGUGGUUCUUGUUCUUGUUAUGGUCAUGCGUCUAGAUGUUUGCCUUUACCGGGCGUCAACGCAAGGGGCAACAUGGUGCAUGGUCGCUGCGAGUGUACACAUAACACGAAUGGACUCAAUUGUGAAUAUUGUGAUGAUUUUUUCAAUGACUUACCGUGGCAACCGGCCGUAGGAAAACAAUCUAACCCAUGUAAGAGAUGCACUUGUAAUAAUCACGCUACAAAAUGUCAUUUUGAUGCCGCAGUUUUUAAUAAAACCGGGAAAAUAAGUGGCGGUGUUUGUGAUAAUUGCCAGCAUAACACUAUGGGUAUAAAUUGUGAACGUUGCUUACCGAAGUUUUACCAGGAUCCCGAUUUAGACAAACAGGACCCUGAAGUAUGCAAGCCCUGCGACUGUGAUCCCCAUGGUGUCACAGAUGAGGAGAUUUUGUGCGAUGACGAAACAGAUGUGGCCAACAACAAGACCGCCGGCCGUUGUCUAUGCAAGGCAAACAUGGAUGGCGCGAGAUGCGACCGGUGCAAAGAUGGUUUCUGGAAUUUUGAUCUUGCUAACCCGGAUGGCUGCGAAGAGUGCACAUGUGAUAGAUUAGGAACGAUCAACGAACGAGGAUGCGACCCCAACACUGGCAUAUGCAUCUGCAAACGUCAUGUAACCGGAAGGAAUUGCGAUCAGUGUCUUCCAGAGUUUUACGGCUUAUCGGACUCCAACGACGGAUGUACGCCUUGUGAUUGUGAUCCCGGUGGUGCUCUGGACAAAGAAUGUGAUGUGAUAAUAGGACAGUGCAAAUGCCGCCCAAACGUGAUUGGCCGUCGGUGCGACCAACCUUUGCAAAACUUUUUCGUUGGAGCUCUUGACUCAAUAGUCAUUGAAGCCGAGUCGAGUCAGUGCGAUUCACAAAUAGACGAUAACGCUAUACAAAGUCAACUGUGCCAUGUCGUUAUUAGGGAGAAUUAUCCGGACGGGAGGAAAAAACCGUGGACUGGGCCUGGUUUCAUGAAAAUUCCGGAAGGAAGUACAUUAGUGUUUGUUGUUAAUAACUUGAAAACUAGCAUGAACUACAACAUUCUGGUAAGAUAUGAACCUCCGUCUGAUAACGCCAAUUGGGAAGAAGCUACCGUUUUCGUCAAAAGGCUGCAGCCAAUAGACCCAGAUUCUCCUUGUGCUAAUGUUCGUCCCGAAGAAGAUACUAUUCAUACAAUUUUACCAGGAAAGGAGCGUAGUGUUUUAAUAAAACCCGCAGUUUGCUUAGAAAAAGGUAAAACCACAGAAAUUCGUAUAUAUUUAGGACGUCAGAAUGGCUAUGCGUCGAAUUCUAGGGCAACUGUACUAAUAGAUUCCAUAGCUCUGGUUCCAUCAUUUGACGAUAUACCUUUUCUUAAAAAUGGCAGCAUUCAACGUGAAGAGUUUGAUCGUAAUAAUUGCGGAGACCCAUACUAUUAUAGUUUAUACCGCGAAAACAUUUUAGAAAUCUGUAAAAAGCAUCAUAUUAGUAUAGGUUACAUAAUAAGAAAUGGAUCUGAACCAUGCCAAUGUGACCCAACAGGAUCCAAAAGUCAUCAAUGUGAUCCAUAUACAGGCGAUUGCCAAUGUGUUGAAAAUAUUGUAGGCGCCCGAUGUGACCGGUGCGCUCCAGGCACGUAUGGUUUUAGUAAAUUCGGCUGCAAACGUUGCGAUUGUAACAGUAUUGGUUCUCUUGAUAACUUUUGCGACGCUUUAAGUGGACAAUGCAAAUGUAGGGCUAACACAUAUGGCCGUGCAUGUGAUUUGUGCCAACCUGGUUAUUUCAAUUUUCCUAAUUGUCAACAAUGUGACUGUAAUGGACACGCAGUUGAGUGUGACGACAAAACUGGUGCGUGUUAUGAAUGUAAGGACUAUACGGAAGGCCACCGAUGUGAAAGAUGCAUAGAGGGUUAUUAUGGAGAUCCGCGUCUCGGUAUUGAUAUAGCUUGUCGCCCUUGUCCAUGUCCUGGAGUUAAAGGUGAUCCUUUUAAGAGUAGUCAUGCCGAUAGCUGUGGACUAGACCCGGAGACCAAAGACGUCAUCUGUGACUGCAAAGAGGGCUAUUCUGGACCACUAUGCGACGUAUGCAAUGACAAUUACUAUGGAGACCCUGUCAAAGGCACGUGUGAAAUUUGCGAAUGUAACAAUAAUGUGGACUUAACAAAACCAGGUAACUGUGACCCUGUUACUGGAAAAUGUUUAAAAUGCUUACAUAACACAGCUGGAGACCAUUGCGAAAUGUGCCAAGAAGGUUACUACGGUAAUGCCUUAGAACAAGCAUGCUACAAGUGUAACUGUUCGGUACUCGGUACGAACUUCACCAAAGGCAACUGUGACGGUGUGACUGGACAGUGUCAUUGUCAUAAAAAUGUUAUGGGCCUAAAUUGCGAUCAAUGUACAGAAAAUCAUUGGAGAAUCGCAGUGGGAACAGGAUGUGACCCUUGCGAUUGCGAUCCUGUCGGCUCAGUUUCGCCUCAGUGUAAUCCGUACAUAGGAAAAUGUCAGUGCAAAUCAGGACAUGGGGGUAGGCAAUGUAACGAAUGUCAAGAAAAUCAUUGGGGUAAUCCAAAUAUCGAAUGUCACGAAUGUGAAUGUGAUUUAAGCGGAGCUGUAUCACAACAGUGCAUGCGAGAUAAUGGAUCAUGUGUCUGUCGCCCUGGUAUAGGUGGAUACAAAUGCGACUUGUGUGCUAGAGGCUAUCUCGGACAAGCACCUAACUGUUAUCCAUGCGGAGAAUGUUUCGAUAACUGGGAUGAAAUUAUAAGCAACUUACAGAUACAAACUGAAUUCGCCAUCGGAAAUGCUAGUAAAAUAAAAGUCGUAGGGGCUACUGGUGCAUACACAAGAGAUUUUGAAGAAAUGACGAAAAAACUAUCUGAAGUAGAAGGUCUUCUCGACAGCUCUAAGCUUGGACAGGCAACAGUCAAAGAGCUUUUAUCUAAUGUAACGUACUUACAAAACCAACUGGCCGAAGCAGAAAAGAAAGUUCAAAACACUAGAAACAAUCUCAACGAUAUUACAUCCAAAAUCAAUCUGGGUAAUGUGACACUUGACGAGCUAAGAUUGAGUAUUGAUAAGUUAAAAGCAAAAACAUUAGAUUUAAGCAACAAUGCUACAAAGUUACAAGAAGCCAAUCUGGAAGGUGCCCUUAAUUUAACUCGUGAAGCUAAAGAAAGAGCAAACAAAGCCGCUGAUGAGGCUGAAAACGUACAAAUAUUGAUUGCCAGCACUGACAGACAAAUAAAAAACACAGAUCGGCUGCUAGAAAUGAAAUAUGCUAGCUUUAAUAGCACACAAGCAGAUAAUGACAAAAAACUGUCUGACUUGAAAGAACAACUGAGGUUAUUAGAUUCACAGUUUCCGAAACUAAACGAAAAAAUGUGUGGGCAAGAGACUGAUAGUUGCGAUAUUUGCGGAGGAGCAGGUUGUGGCAAAUGUGGUGGCAUAUCGUGCGAUCAAGGUGCCGUAACCAAAGCAGAACAGGCUUUAGACUUCGCGAACAAAACUGCUCAUCGGAUCAAAGAACAUGAACUUACGGCUGAAGACUUGUUCAGGUCAAUAACGCAAGUAAAGCAAGACACUGUUACAGUCCGAGCUCGCGCCAAAGAUUUAUUUGCGAAGGCUGAUGAAUUCAAAUCUUCUGCCGAACGUGUUACUAAUGAAAGCCAAGAUUUGACAGCGGAAUUGAGAGAAUUUUUAUCCAAUACCUCCAAUACGCCAGCUGAUGUGAGAACCUUAGCCGACGAUAUAAUUAAGCUUUCCAUUAGUGUAGAACCACAGGAAAUAACUGACCUUUCACAGCGGAUUAAUUCUACGGUGUCACAGCUCACAAAUAUUGAAAAUAUAAUUACUGAAACCAAACCAGAUUUAGAGAGAGCUAAAGCCCUUAAUCAAAAUGCCUCUGCAGUGCAUAAAUCCGCAAAGUUAACACUAGAAAUGGCAAACAAAGUGUUAAGUGCUUUAGAUGAAGCACAAGCCGCUCAAGAUGCAGCGGAAGACGCAAUCGACAAAGCUAACAGCGACAUACAAGCUGCAAAGGCAGAUUUAAUCCCUAUUGCUACUGAAACUGAAUUAGCUCAGAAAAAAGCAAAUGAAACCAAGAAAGAAGUAGAAGAGCUACAUACUAGGCUUUCUGACUUACAGAAAAAUGUUCUUAAAAUUGAAAGCGAUGCCGAUCAAGUAAAACAGGAAGCUAACGACGUUGUUAACGGAGCUGAGGGAGCAGAACUGAAAGCUCGUAAUCUCAGACACGAAUUUAAAGAAACCAGUGAAUCUCUCAUAGCAAGCGCAAAUCAAACGUCUAAAUCGCGAGAGCGAGCGCAAGAGUUAUUAGAUCGCGCAAAUAAGCUAGCUAGUCAAACACAAAACCAACUCCAACUUCUUGCCAACAUGGAAGAAUUGUACAAUGCUAAUAACCAAGAGCUGUCUACAUUAGAAAAAGAAAUAGCUGAUCUAAAUAUAAACAUGAAUUAUUACCUCGCAGAAAUUACAAGGAAGUCUGACGCAUACAGGUCGUGUACCACAUAAUUAUCUUGAUUUUGAAAAUUGGAAGAAAAUUAGGUUUUCUCAAUUUUAAUAUCUUUUCUAAGAGUGCCAUAAAGCUGUAUUUGACAGUGUUAGUCAUCGUUUAGGAUUGUAGUUAGACUACAGUCUUGUCCAUAUUUUGUUCAGUGUCUGCCUAGUUUAUGAUGAACAUACGAGUAAUUACGUAUUCGAUGACUCAGAGCUAUGGUACAGUUAAAUAUUACGAAGUGUGAUUGUAGUAGUACUCAACAAAUAGUAUACGUAUGCAUUUAUUUUAUAAACAGUGAAGGGCGUUUAUAGUAUAUUUAUACAGGG